GUCAAGUGUCACAGCUAUCACAGUAGGCAUAAACCAUGUUUCUCAUAGGCUCUGCACUAUUUAUUGUUACUGAAUUGCUAUUAUUGCAAGUAAGUGUGAUCCGGUGUCUUAGUCUAUGCCAGAAGGAAGGUUGGUCAUGUGAAGUAGAAGGUAAAUCCGUGAACUUACUGUACCAUUGUAAUGAAGACAUUGGGUGGAAUGCUGUCUUUGAGGAGAGAGUACUGACAGUACCUGAUGGAACACACAGCAUAACAAUUACGGACUGCUAUGAUGUUAUGAUUCCACUGUCAUUCAGUUUCCAUAGUGAUUUGAAUCAGAGGCUGCCAAAGCUCAGUAUAAAUAAUGUUGCUAGUCUGCUCUUGACAGCAGCUCCUGAUACAUUAUCCAUUCCACAAAAUAUUAUUCUGAAUAACAUUCAUUGGUUGGACUGUAUAAAAAGGAACACUUUCUCAGGAGACUGGCAGUCUAUAGCAUUUUCCAAUGUAACCAUUGACAGAAUUGACAUGUAUGCAUUUGCAGAACUUAAUGUUGCUGUGCACAUUGAAUGGGACAAUGUGAAUGUAAACCUUUUAGAUACAAACGCCAUUGCCAAUGUUUUUAUUGAAGAAGGAAGUUUCAACAUAAAAAAUUCUGUCAUUGAAACUAUGGAAAUAAUGUCCUUUGGAAUAAAAGCUUCAAAGGUUGUUAUUGAAAAUUCGCAUAUCAAAGAUAUUCGACUACAUGCAUUUAAUGUUGAAGCUGAAACAUUCAUAAUGGUAAAUAAUUCAGGAUUCAGAUCAGUAAUGCCUGGAGGAUUCAUCAUUUCUGCACAUCACAUUGAAAUAAGAAGAAAUAGAUUUGGUUAUUUAAUGACUAGGUCAUUAGAAAACAUAAGAUCAAAUUUAUUGUCGCAUUCUACCAACCCCAUCUACAUUUUUAAGCAGAAUUACAUUGAAUCUGCAGAUGUAGGAUCUCUUCACUGUAAUGUUUCUUCCUAUACUGAACAUAAUGGUAUAAUAUACAUAUCAGAUAAUAAAUUUGUCUGUUCAUGUAUUCAUUUAAGUUGGAUCACACAGAUUGCAGAUUCAGAACCAGAACUUGCUCAGUUUUACAAAACACUAUUGGAAAAUGAUAAAAAUAAUACUUGCUCUAUAGGUCUGUGCAGUUUCCCCCUCAGUUCAUUGCGGAAAAUGAUAAACACAGAAUAUCAGUGUGUUGCAAACAUUACUUAUGAUGAAAUAUGUAAUCUUUAUGCCAUUUUUUCUAUUUCUAGAAGCUCUUCCCAACAGGCCAACUUUCUUGCUGUUUUACUAUUGGUUAUAGCAGAAAUAAUAGUCACAUCACAAUAAACUUGUAUGCAUUAUUCUGACUGUUCUUGUUGUAAAUUUUAAAAGUGGAAAAGAAAAGUAGCAUAUAAUUUCUCGGUCAGAAUAUACUUGAUAUAUAAAUGAAGAAUGUACACAAUGCUUUCCGUGUCAAUCAAACGUAAAACUAUCCAGAAGCUAAAAGGUAACCAAGAGACAGUCCAUAAAUUUGACAAAAAGAUGUAACUGCAACAAAAGUAAAACAUAUUAAUGAGUACUGGCACUGCAGGAUGUAAAUGCCUGAAUUUCAAUGUCCUGCUGCUGAUGUACUUGGAAAAGUUAGUUUUAGUUUGAUAGGAAAAUUGUGACUUUCAGGGCUGUGAAUGUAUUAAACUGAAGUUCACAAGGAAAGUUUGUUGACCAGACUGAAAAUCAAACUUGUGAAGUAGAGGACAUGAGUUUAGCUAUUCAACCACAUCUUGAUUCACUGACUUUCGGACAUCAUAUAAUCUACAAAAAGAUCUGCUCUCUCUCUCUCUCUCUCUCUCUCUCUCUCUCUCUCUGUGCAAGAUAUUUUGUGUUUUUUUGUUAGAAUGACAUAUUGUUAUCAGUUUUCAAGAAAGCCCUUGAAGAUUUUGUUGUAACUAUCAUAGACAGAUUUUUAUUCAACACAAGAAUAUGAAUAGAGAAGUACACAUUUGGAACUCAAAGCUGCAAAGUUACAAUACUGAGAAUUGUGUGACAUUGCAUGACUUGAGGAAACUCCAGAGAGACAGCAGAAUCCACUGACAGCACACAUAGGAUCUUAUAUAACACAGUCUACAACAAAUGCCCAAUUACAGUCAAGGUCACAAUGGAUGGAUUCUGCUGGUGGUGCAGUAAUACUAAUGUAAGGCAGUACCACAGAUGGAAUAAAGUUGAAUGACUGUGCUGCAGCCUUUAUGCAAUGGGGACAUGGCCCAUACAAGUUAGCAUGAACUAAUAAACUGGCAGUUCCGAUAUGUAUUCUGUGGUGGUACCUUAGGCAGUGUGCUUCUUUGAGCAACCCAAGUGUGCUACUGAGACAGAUAUCCAUAGAUGAAAUAGCUACAUAUGGUUGAAAGUGCCAGUCCUCUGAAGCAGUGAAGGAAGGAUGACUGGAGCUCAUAUACCAUCUUCAGGGUCCACCGUGAAGUCUUGUGACGGUGCUCACUGCAGAAGAUAUGUCUCAUUGUCUGGCAGCACCAUCCAACCUGUUCGGCUAGGGUUGGAACUGAGGGCAUUCGAGUCAAUGCUGGCCGGCCAUGGUAUAUCAUUGGUACCCAGCAGCAUAUUCAUUUUUGCAAAAAUUCUCUACAGUCACAGCCAAGUCAUAAACAGUGGCAGAGGGGUGAUCCGAAGGUCAUGAUUUAAUGACCCCACUGUUAUGAAGUUCUGAGUUGCCCAUGUGCAUAAUGACUUUACCCAAGAGGCACUGUGUACCACCAGAAGUGAAACAGUUGCUGCAGAUGUACUUGCUGGACAUGACAGCAGUGAUGGUGGAAGUGGCUACACAGAUGUAGCUGGUUGAUUUGAAGUCAAAAAGUACCAUGAUUGGUUGCUAUUGUUUACAAGGAUGUGAGGUCACCAUACACACAUUCACUAUGCUGUCAAUUAUACUAGGCACUUACCAAAACAACCACAUCCAAAUAAGAGCACCUUUAUGGAAAUGAGGGGAUCAUUUUGAACACCUAUGGGAAGCAGGCAGCUGAAGAAGUGAGAAUAGUUCAGCAUUAUCUAGUGUGGAAUAAUUCUACAGGGAUUUUGCCAUUCAUACGUGAAGGCUCAUAUAAAAGCAUUAUGUUCCUGAAUGUAUGUGUAGUUUUGCGUGGUAAAAAAUCAGUAGUCGACAUUAAGUAAUAAUCUGCUUUUAUCAAAUGUGUCAGUAUAUCAGUUUGUUUCCAAAGAGAGAUAAUUUGUUCAGGUAUAAAUUCAAAAGAUCUUUAAAAGAAUAGUGGGUGGGGGCGUGGGGGGUGGCAGCACAGCUUCCGUCUCUUUUCAACAGUAUGUUCCUUCAAAAAUUGCAUAACAUUUUACAGUGCUGUUUAGUGCAUUACCACGAAAACCAGAAAUGUUAAACAGCUGCAUUACAGCAACCUGGAUUAAUGUCAGAGUUUUAAAUUGUUUACUCGAAUAAACUGAAAUUAGUUUUUUAACUUUUAAAUAUUUCUGAUCACUCAUCAUUUUUCAGGUAAUUUAAUGUAAUUCUUUUCACUGGUAUAUAAUUUAUAUCAACUUUCUUUUCAGUAAUAAUCAAAAUAUUCAGCCUUAAAUCUCCAUUCAUCAUAUAUAGUCUGAAAUUAAUAUAUUGUCUAAAUUGCUAUCAUAUUUAGACUUCAAUUUUGAUGUGGUUUAUCAGUGAUUUAUGAAUUCUGUUUCAAAUAUACAAGGUUAAAUAAUUUCAGGUAAAUGUCACAAAUAAAAAUUCAUCAAACAACUCCUUAUUGGUUUUCAAAACUUCCAUUAUAAAAAUAUGUUACAUUUAUUAACAAGCAUGCGAAAGCAAAUGAGACUGAAAAUGAACCAAUACAAGAUUACUUUAACACUGAUAUCUUCUUGUCUUUUCUUUUUUUCCAAUUACAAUAAUCAUCAGCAGUAUUCCUAACACAACAGAACACAUCUUCUGUGAGGAGUGGCUGUUGGGUAAGAAAUAACUCAGUUCAGCAUCUCUAAAUCUGCAGACCACACUAGACGAUCCAUCAGCUUUUACCAUGGUACCACAUUGAACACAUAACAAAUAAAGAACACAAACAUCCUGUAGUAUUUAGACAAUGACACUUAUUAAUCUAACAAAAUUAAUUGCCAUGCAUUGAAAUAAGUAGCAUGACGCACUUAACCAUGUACAGUGAUGGCAGUGUGCUCUGUAGUGGUACAGCUCCAAAUGUUGAAACACGACACACAUACUCGUAAAGUCCAGUUAAUGCCUGUCUUAUAAUUUCACUAGCUACAUUUGUCAUGUGACAUUCAAAUAUGCAUGUUAGAUUUUCCACUUUCCCCUUACUCUAGGAGUAGAUUAAUUAUGGAUGAUAUUAUCGGUGGUAAAAAAUUGAAAAUUAUUGCUAGAUAAACUGUGGGCCAUUAUCAGAGAUGACAGUUUGUGGAAACAUAUUUCCAAAGAAUUUGGUAAGUGCCUUCAAUAUCUCCUGUUAUGUUUGUGCAUCUAUAAAUGAUGCUCAGACAAUUAGAAAGAGCAGGGACUUUAAUCAACUGCAUCAACUUUAAGAAUGGAUUCAAAAAAUUAUACGAAUUGGCUGCCACAGAUGCAUGGGAUUGGCCAUAAUGCGAAAGAGGCAAUCAAUGAUAUAUCACUUUUGCUAUGUUCUGUGACAGUCAGUAUCUUACUGUUAUCAGUGUCAUAGUUUGCCUCUGAGUUUCAGUUGUGUACUACUGUUUUCAUAGCCAUUGUGCUCAAUAAACAUCUGCCUACUUCAGAUAGAACAAUCUUUUCAUGUCAUGUCUUGUCACAUUCUACAUUUCAUUAACAAGUAUGUGAAUGUGUCUAAUUCCUGUUAUAUUUUUUGUAUCUACACUGCUAUCAUGUUAAUAAGAAAGAAUGACACUCUCCUAUAUUGUGUCAUUUUCCUUCCCUUUUUUCAUUCUGUCUGUUUUUUUCCCCCCUUCAGUCAGCACCUCACCGGUGAUAAUUCUUUGAUCAAAGAUGUUGUUUCAAGCACUUAUAAUAACUGUCUCUGACUACUUUACAUAACUGGUACUUUUGGGGAUGUGUUAAAUUCAUUGUAUUUCAGACUUCCUGUGUACCUCUUAGAGAGUAGUCACAGACUACAUAGACUUAAUAAGAACUUUAAGAAACACCUUCCUUCUCUCUCGCGCAUUUUAACAUUAUGUAAAGUGAUGGAUGAUGAUCCACCAUUUUGAAAUUUUACUAUGUUUUCACGUAUCUUACUGUUAUAUUUUAUAAUAUACAGUUACAUUUGUAUUAAGUGCUUCAAAUAAAGGAGCAGGUCAUUAUGUUAGUUUGUCGCAUUGAACAUUCACUGUGUUUUUAACAAUGUAGUCAUUGGUUUAGUCUUUGUGGCCAAUGGUAACCUUAUAACCCUUAUGAUUUUAAUAGUCAUGGGCAGAAUUAUUGACUAUUUUCAAAGACUACAUACACUAUUAUAUACUUUGCCUCGGUUAAUAAUUCAUUGUGAGAUUAUUUCACCAUUUUACAAUAAAACAAUUGCUACUGCAGUCUCAGGAAUGGAAGUGAACUGUGCCCAGGAAAAUGUACCAGUUAACCAGAUUCAGAUUUUUCACAGUUUCCGUGAACUGUUUAAGGCAAAGCAUGAUCAAUUUCUUUCCCCCUUUUUUUAUGAUCCAAGCUUGUGCUUUGUCUUAAUGACGUCACUGUUAAACCUCAAUCUUCCUUUUCUAUCAUUAUCUAAAAAAAGUAUUGUUUUCUUCAGUGUGUUCUGCUAAGUUAUUCUUUCCGUUUUAUGCACACCAUUAAUCAAUCAAGCGAAAAAGCCUGAAAAAUCAUAUUAAAGUUAUACCAAAGUCAUUAAAGUUAGUUUUCAUGCCUGCUAUUGUCUUUGGUGGUAUUACUUGUGCGACGAUAGUCUUAGAAGAAUAUUCAUGUUUUGUCUCUUGCUAUUUUUAACAUUACCAUUCUCAAACACUGUCCAAUUUGAUAUCCUAGUCCAUAGCACAAAUACGGUAACAUUUUCUUCAAAAGAUCUCAUUACUUAAUUUUCCUGUUAUGCUUUUGUUCCUUGCAUACAUAAGAAUGAUGAUGUGCAGCCAAACUUGGGAAUAAUUCCAUGAGAAACCAAGUAUUUCACUUAUAUUUUCAGCAGAAACAAACAGCAUUUAUAGGUUGGAAAGUGUGUCAUGCACCAGGCACACAAGGAUGUCAAUUGCACAUGUAGUUAAUUUGAUAUUGUAAAAAAUUAAAAUUUAUGGAAGCCAGUUUCUCAACUUGGGUACUCUCUAUCAGAUAUUUUCUGUUUUGCUCAUGUAGCAAGGAAAUGUUGAUCCUAAUAUUAACACUAAAAACAUUUUUUACUGCAUGUAAUUUCUAAUGUGUUUCACAGUUCCUCAGAUGAAAUGUCAGAUACAGUCAUCAGACUUUUUCAUCAAAAACAGUUUUUAGAACCAAUGAACUGAUUUCAAUACUAAUUUAAUCUUUGUUGUUAAAUGAUUUCUACUUAAUGUAAUAUUUAAGAAUUAAAACUUGAACUGGAAAUUGUGUUAUAUUUUUCUGUGUGUUCAGAAUAAAGAAAUCUGAACUGCAGAUAUGAUGGCAGCUAUUAAGAUAACUUGUGCAAAGACCAAAAGACCUGUAAUCUAAUUCAGCCAGUUUUUGGUUUUAUAUUUCAUUGUAUUGGUGCAUGAUAACAGUAUAAAAUUCUUAUGAAUGUAACAGAUGAAAUAAAGAUGUGCAAAAUAUGAAAA